AGAGAUGACGGAAAUGGGCAGAAGACUCAUCUGUGAGCCAGAGAUGAGGCAAAAGUUGCUUCGCCGGCCUCACUUCUUAGCUCACCGAGCCGGUCGGCCUGUAGGACAGAAGGAACGACACGAGCGGAGAAAACUACGCUUCCCGUCAUGCUGCAGGGCACGGCUCCGGUUUUCCCCGACGUCACCGCCUCUUCCCCACGGAAAUGAAAGGAGCACUUCCGGGUUCGAUGAGAAGCUGCAGCCCGCGGCGUUAUUUAGGGCCUCCGGCCGGAGCUCCUUCUUGGUUUCAGUCAUUCUGAAAAGCCCGCUUUGGUCUCGGCGGUGCCCUCGACCCAUCGGCUGCACGGGGCGGGCGAGGCCCUCUCCUGGUGUAGGUCCGGAGUUCCGUCGGGGUGCGGCGGGCCUGUGUGCCGCCCGAGUCAGGGAAGCCGGUUACGCGGGUCGUGGCUCGGCGCUGACAUUCUGACCCUUCUUCUCUGUCUGUAUUGAAGCGUCGCAGACGCUCGUGUGAGUCCCUUAUGGCAGAUACGACCCCGAACGGCCCCCAAGGCGGGGGCCCUUUGGCACUGGAACGUUUUCAAGAGUCUAUACCUGUUUUGCAGAAAUGCUCUUCAAAUUGAAGUCAUCUCAUUCUUUUUCCUCAUGACUAGAUAUGGGUUAAACAUUUUGUCAGCAAGAUUACAUAAUGAGACAUCUUUCUGACAAUUCAUGAUGACCAAUAAACUGGACACGGCAAUGUGGCUUUCUCGCCUGUUCACAGUUUACUGCUCUGCGUUGUUUGUUCUGCCUCUUCUUGGGUUGCAUGAAGCAGCAAGCUUUUACCAACGUGCUUUGCUGGCAAAUGCUCUUACCAGUGCUCUGAGGCUACAUCAAAGAUUACCACACUUCCAGUUAAGCAGAGCAUUCCUGGCCCAGGCUUUGUUAGAGGACAGCUGCCACUACCUGUUGUAUUCACUCAUCUUUGUCAAUUCCUACCCUGUUACAAUGAGUAUUUUCCCAGUCCUGUUGUUCUCUUUGCUUCAUGCUGCUACAUACACGAAAAAGGUCCUUGACGCAAAGGGUUCAAAUAGUUUACCUCUGCUGAGAUCCGUCUUGGACAAAUUAAGUGCUAAUCAACAAAAUAUUCUGAAAUUUAUUGCUUGUAAUGAAAUAUUCUUGAUGCCUGCUACAGUUUUUAUGCUUUUUAGUGGUCAAGGAAGUUUGCUCCAGCCUUUUAUAUACUAUAGAUUCCUUACUCUUCGAUAUUCCUCUCGAAGAAAUCCAUAUUGUCGGACUUUGUUUAAUGAACUGAGGAUUGUCGUUGAACACAUUAUAAUGAAACCUGCCUGCCCACUGUUCCUGAGAAGACUUUGUCUCCAGAGCAUUGCCUUUAUAAGCAGAUUGGCUCCAACAGUUGCAUAGUUUAACAUUCAGUCAAGCUAUACAUACAAUACAAGCAUUAUUAGCAGCUGGUACUUCUGCUAGGGGUUGUAAUUCCAAGUGUUACACUGACCUCAAUCCAAUUUACAUAAGUUACAUAAAUGCAUCUCAAUGGAAAAAUAAUCAUUUUCCUAGCAUGUUAAAUCAAGCUUAAAAAGUUUUGAGUAAAUUUUUCUAUGCUGUGUUGCUAAUGGUUAAGGAAGUUUGUAUCUUGUGAUAAAAAUUACCAAUUUUUUUUUUUUUUUUUUUUAGAUACUGUUGUGCCUACAUCAUGAAAUACAUUUAUUUCUCUGGUAAAAAUAACUCUAAAUUUUCUGUGUAGUUAGUAACCUAAUUUAUAUCUGGCAUGAGUUAUGAUAAUAAUUAACAUGAGAAUUAGUAGAUUUUGAGACAGUAUUUUUCCAUUUAGUAAUUUUGGUUCAUGAUUUUAACGGAAGCACUUCCCCCUAUAUUUAACUUCAAAUUGUUACUGAAUUGACUUUGUGCUGCUGAAUUCUAUAUGUACCUUACGCUCUGACCUAAAAUUUUAUUUCUAUGAUUCCUGCUCUGGCUUUGAGUAUUUUUUAAAAGACUCAAUUUAUAAGCCUUUUAUCCAAUUGGAUAAAUAAAUACUUGGGGUCACCUAACCAUUUUACAUUAAAAAGCAGUAACACAGAUUUCCUUUCAUAGACCCACUGAGUAACAUUUUUCAAAUAGGAAGUCCUUCUUUUACAAUGUGGACACAUAGGUAAUUAGUAUUAUUGUAAUUCAUAGAAUUACCUAGUUCAGAUUCCUGACAGGAAAUUUUCUCAGUUUCUUAGGCUUGAAUUUUUAAAGACAGUUGUAGCAGUUUAGAUGCCUUUUGAAUGGAAUGUAACUGAAGAUUGAUCAUCUGACUAUACUUGUGUCUAUUCUGAAGUAAUAAUGAAAAGCAUCCUGUAGGGCGGCGCCUGUGGCUCAGUCAGUAGGGCGCCGGCCCCAUAUACCGAGGGUGGCGGGUUCAAACCCGGCCCCAGCUGAACUGCAAACCAAAAAAUAGCUGGGCGUUGUGGUGGGCGCCUGUAGUCCCAGCUGCUGGGGAGGCUGAGGCAAGAGAAUCGCUUCAGCCCAGGAGUUGGAGGUUGCUGUGAGUUGUGUGAUGCCAUGGCACUCUACCGAGGGUGAUAAAGUGAGACUCUGUCUCUACAAAAAAAAAGAAAAGCAUCCUGUAGAUUACAUAUUUAAAUAUCAAAUCUAAUUUAGAGGUUAAAUGGAAAGGUUUAUAGGUAAGCUAAUUGGGAAUGGGACUGGGGGAGAACCUGUGGGGGAAUAAUGGCAUUUCAGUCUUGUAAUACACAAAUUUGGGGGAAUUUGAUAUAUUAUACAACUGUGAUUUGGGUUGUAUAAUGUGUUCUGUUCAUUGAGCUCCCAUAAAUUCUUUCAUGAAAUUCAUGCUGAUCCUCAUUACUUUCGCAUGAUUGGAAAUGUUUAAAACAUUGCACAAUUUUAGUAUUAAGUGACGGUGGUUUUGUAACCAAUUUCCUCUGCAUGUAAUUUGGAUUUCUCAGAUACAUUUAUUAAUAACUUAUCAGUAACAUCAGUUUUCUUUUUGUUCAAUUUCCUAAUCUUCAGAAAGAUUCUAUACUUAAGGUAGAUUACAAGAAAAAUUCUACUUGAUAGCUCAACUAGAACCAACUAUUUUUGUAGUAUUUAUCCACUAAGUUGGAGAAGCAGCCUCCUGAUACGCAGUUGAUUUUGUGCAUGUCUGGUUAGCCUCAUUAUCACUAUACAUGUAAUCUGAUGGCUUUAAAUACUGACCUUUCUAGAGCAAUAAAGUGAUUACAAUGUUAAGUAAACAUACUACUGAUUUCUAAUUAUGUUUUUAAAAAUUGAGUCUAGAAUUGUAUCAGGAAAUUUUGGCAGCUGAAGGCUUGUUUUGGAGUUAUUGGGGGUGUUUUCUCUGUAAUUUGUUUUAUCCUGGUAAUUUUACAUUUACAGAAGAGUUUGAAAAAUGUACAGAGUUCUUGCAUAUCCAUUUUGGAUAUGUGUGUUAACAUCUUACAUAAUUUUAGUAGAAUGUGUAUCCAAAGUAAGAAAUUAACCCUAGCACAAUAUUAACUAAAGAACACAACUUAAAUUUCACCAGUUUUUCCAUUUUUUUGUUUUCUUUUUGUGUCCCCUAUUUUUACUAUGAUUGUCUUUUACUUUUAAAGAUUUAUGUAAGUAUGUUUCUGGUUUGAGUUUUUCCUCUUUAUUUUGAAAGAUUUCUUUAAAGGAAAUAAUUCAUGUUGGGGUUGGGGGUUUUUGUUUUGUUUUGUUCCUUUGAAACAGUCUCACUCUGUUGCCCAGGCUAAAGUGCCAUGGCAUCAGCCUAUACCACAACAACCUCAAACUCCUGAGUUCAAGGGAUCCGCUUGUCUCAGCUUCCUGAGUAGCUAGGACUACAGGCACCUACCACAACAACCUGAUAAUUUUUUCUAUUUUUUUGUAGAGAUGGGGUCUCACUUUUGCUCAGGGCUGAUCUCAAUUGCCUGAACUCCAGGGAUCCUCCCGCCUCGGCCUCCCAGAGUGCUAGGAUUAGAGUCGUGAGCCCUCGCUUCCAGCCAGUUUAUGUUGGUUUUAAUGAAAAGGAUUUUCAGUAAAAUCACUACAAUAUAAAACACUCUGCGUUAAAUCAAGGCUUUUUAUCACACAAUAGGAUUAUAUUUCUGAUAUGCUGAUAUUUAGACUGAAGGAAAACAAAUUUGCUUCUUAAAGGAGGGCUUAAUAUAUAAUUUAAACACUCUUAAACUCACAAAAAAAUAAAUAUUACAAUUUGAGCAUUUCAAGAUGUUUCGGUUGCAUGAACUUGCUGCAAAUCCUGCAGUAUAAAUAUUUGCAGCCAGCAAAUUUGGCACCUGAAAUUAUUGUGUUGCAUGUACAUCUGUGAAAUUUAAAUUAAAGGAAUAUAAUAACAGUAUAAGCAAUGAAAGCAGUGGGAGGAAGUAACUCUUCUGCAUACCUGAAUGUAUUUUUACUUACAGGUUUAAAAGAAUUUGAUUUAAGUCCAGAUGUUUAAUUCUUCAGGAAGUAGUAUAAUGCUGCUGUUCUGAUACUUCUGAAUAUUAAGCCUUGAACAAGUAGAAGUCUCAUACAAAACCUACUUUAUUCUAGCAAGGAUUCUAUAUUCCUUUUGUAUAUCUGGUAACUAUUAAACUAUUUAACAGCUGUCUAAGGAGAAAUUUCUUAAAUACAGUUCAUAUUUAAAUUUUUGUAGAAUAAAAUGCUCUGAGGUAGAUGCUCCUGGAAGAAAGCAAGAGAGAAAGCUAACUUUUUUUUUUUUUUUUGAGACAGAGUCUUACUUUGUUGCCCUUGGUAGAGUGCCCUGGCAUCAUAGAUCAUAGCAACCUCAAACUCUUGGGCUCAGUGUAAUCCUGCCUUAGCUUCCCCAGUAGCUGGACUAUAGGCACCCACCACCAGGCCUGGCUUUCUUUUUUUUUUUUUUUAAGAGAUUGGGUCUCACUCCUUCCUCGGUCUGGUCUUGAACUCCUGAACUCAGGCAACGGCUUGCCUUGGCCUCCCAGAGUGCUAGGAUUACAGGCAUUAGCCACCAUGCCCAGCCUAGAAAGCUAACUUUUUGAAAAAAUUAAAUUUGGGGGCAGCUCCUGUGGCUCAGUGAGUAGGUUGCCAGCCCCAUAUACCAAGAGUGGUGGGUUCGAACCUGGCCCAGACCAAACUGCAACAAAAAAAAUAGCCAGGCGCUGUGGCAGGUGCCUGUAGUGCCAGCUAGUGGGGAGGCUGAGGCAAGAGAAUCUCCUAAGCCCAAGAACUGGAGGUUGCUGUGAGCUGUGAUGCUAUGGCACUCUCCCAAGGGUGACGAAAUGAGACUCUGUCUCUUAAAAAAAAAAAAAAGAAAUUUAAUUUGGAAGAAUUGAAAGGCUUUAAAAAAAAAAAGCUUUAGAUCAGAAUAAAUGAAAUUAAUUUUGAGGAAUUGAGGUAAAGACAUUUAACUAAUGCUAAGGAAUUUACUUUGAUUAGUAAGUUGAUCUAACACCUCCCACCACAGCCCUAAGCAGAUCCUUCUUAGGAUCUGCUCCCUCAAAGCUGUCCCCUAAAUUAGACUAAUUUUUGAUACUCAGAAAUGAAAGCCUCAGUUAUGUUUGAAAUCAACAGAUGGUGCUUUUUCCUCGAGUAGCCCCCCAACCACCGUUUUCACAGGCUGUGUUGGAAGGUUAAAUGCCACUAAGGUUAUGUCAGUCAUAAAACGAAGGAUCUGAAUUUCAUGACCCUUUUAAAUGUAUAAUCAUUCAAUAUUGAACAGAUAUUUAGUAAGUAUUUACUGUGGGUACACUUUGUAAAUACUGGUAUUCAAAAGAAAUACCCUUGUUGAUAUGGACUGUCUAGGAAAACAGUAAAAUAGGCCCCAAUUGGGAUGUGGCAUCAUUCAGAUCAGGUCUCUCCUGUCUUUUCAUACCAAGUGAGUGCCUGAACACACCAGUAUAAAUGUGUUCUUCGUCUUCUGUUGUGUAGAAAAAUGAUCCUUCAAAUUUGUCAUCAUCACUUUGUAGAUAUACUAGAUAAGUCCAGUUCAAUCUUUUUUAAAAUGUAGACUUUUCACAGUAAAAUAUGUUGAAAUUUUGGGAUACUGUAUCAGGAAUGGUAGGUAGAUUGGAAAAUUAAGUUUGAGUUGCGUAGACAACUAGUUUAUCUUAACACCUUUUUGAAAUUCUCUAGAAUUAGGAGAAUUCCAUAGAAGCUAUAUGAAUGCUCAUAUAGUAGAUCAGCAAAUAGUCAGCAAAUAGUCUGUAGUAUACCAAAGACAUACCUAUAUAAAUCCAGAAGUUAUUACCAGAAAUUGUUUAAAUGAGCAGUCUUCUUCUAUUUAGGGUAGAAAGCUAUUGAGUCUUAUUCAGAAUAAGGAGCUGCCAAAAGUUUGAGAGGCUUCCUGGUAAUAGUUAUUCCAGGAAAUACUUACGUUCUAAAGUGGUAUUUAUGAGUUUUCUUUAGAAGGACUUUAUUCCCGUGUCUGAGAUUAACUACAUAUAGUCUUUCCUGUCUUGUGCUUAUAGAAAAUCUGACCUGCACUAAAUUUGAGUUGAUGUGAUGAGAUAAAAGUACAGUAUUUUUUUAAUCUAAAGCUGAUUCCUUUCUUAGAAAAUGAGGAAAAAUAUUGUAGAUGGAUAUCUUUGCUGGGAUCUAAACAGUUAGCUCAUAUUCCAUGAGAAAAGCCUAAGAAUCAUUUUUUUCCUUCAUAGCCUUCCAAAGCUGCUUUUUUUUGAUAGGCUCUGCACUUUGAAACUAACCUUUUUUUCUUGCUUCAUGACAGCUUAAUUCCAAACAUUUACUGUUUUCCUUUGUAACGUUAAGAUAGGACAAUUACAUUUGACAUUAAUUUUUGCCUUAACAUGCAUAUUUGUAAGUUAAGACCAAAUGGGCAAAGUCAUUGCCAGGUAACAUUUAUGAUGUGUAGAUAAUGGAACAAAUGUAAAAGGGUAGCAGAGAUUAGAAACAAAGUCAUAAAAACUGCUUGAUUUAUAAAUGCAUUACUUCUGGUGCUUUAUAUAAUGGGAUAUAUUGAACUAAAAAAUUUGUAUACACAGUGUGUCAGCAUUUCUUAGUAACUUUUCUUGAAUCGAUUUUUAAUAUCUAGUAUUGUACAGGUUGGGGAGUUACAUUCUUCGGGCCAGCACUAUACAGACUAUAUAAAUUUAUAAAAUAAAUUGAAAAAUUCAUCAUUCCCCUGUAUUCAAGACCAAAGCACAUAAAUGUUAAUGUAGGGCUCAGAGGGGAAAUAUACUUCGCCUGCAUAUUUGAGAAAAUGUGAAGUCCUUUCAAGAAAAUCUAAUAAACAUAAUAAUCAUAGCCUGCUGACACUAAGGAAAAAGGACCUCAUUCACUCUUUCUUUUAUGCAGCGAUUUACUGGUCCCUACUGAUUUCCAAAUCGGAUCACUGUAGUAAAUUAUCCAUGCUGGUACCUGUGAAAGUAAGCCCUGGGAUCCAUAUUUGUUUUGUGUUCUGCUUAAAUCAGCAGGAAUGAUAAAUUUAAUGGUGUGAAAUUGGAAGUAUCAAGGGCUUUCUUUGGUGAUUGAGUGAAAUAAUGCCUCUACUUGUAAUUUACUGUGACCCUUUUUCUCUGUGUGUGCUUUGUAUGUCUUAAUAUUUAUUUCAAUACAAAUUAAAUUGUUUCUUCAUCUGUAUUGUUAUAUCUAAGAUUUUAUUGAUGUAAAAAUCAAGUUGUAGAAUAAAAAUCUCUCUGGACUU